CUCUCUCGCGAGCACGCACGCACACACACGCGCACCAAGCCAGCGAGUGGCAGAGCCGCGCCAAGUCCAUCACGAGUCCACACGGCUCAAGUGCCAAGGCGACGGACUCACUUUGUGGGAGUCUCCGCGCAGAUUGUCUUGCGUGGGCAGUCCGCGAGAGUGCGUUUGCUGCUGCUGCCGGCACCGGAGUUACCUGUUCCGCAGCUUGCCUGCUCACUUGCGCGUUGGAACAGCCACCACCCCUCUCUGCUGCGGCUCCCAGCGGAGUCCGUGUGGAGCUCGUUGUGGCUUUGCGCUGCCCCCCGUCGCGCUCGUGGUCGUUGCGAUUUGGGCAUCGGGAGGUGGGAAACUCCGUGAGCAUCGUCUGCAGCUGCCGCGGAUCAGCAAGACCCCCGCACAGAACAAGAAGCGAAGGAGCGGGCGACGAGGGUUGAUCUUCGAAGCGUGAUUGCGUUUGCCGCGUGCGCCUGAACUCGUCCGUGGACAUUGAGAACAGGGGGGUGGGGGAGGGUGUUUAUUGUAAGCAGAGGGACGUUGUCUGCCUCUUCUCGCCGAGAGCAUCCAAGCAGUCGCGUUUCGGCGAGAGAAGUUCUUCUGGCUGCAGCCAGAGUGGACUUGGCUCCUGCCGGCACUCCCUCCCUCCACGCCGACAUGCACGCGAGAUGAAAGCUCGCGAGUCUCGGAGUGCCGUGCCCUGCCCCAGGGAUGUCUGAAGCCACAGAAGAUAUCGGCACCGACGCGGUGUUGGAGGAGCAGCUGAAUGGAUUGUCUUUGUGUCGCGAGCUUCGACAGCACGGGGAAGCCGAGGGGGCCCGGGAGGAGAUGGGAGAUGCAGCGGAAGAGAUCUACAGCCCUGCUCCUUCUGCAGAGCCGUCAUUUCGGGGGCUCGCGUGGCCCACGCUCUCGCGGCCACAGCACGAGGCUCUCGCGGCAUCCCCGGACGGCGCCGCCGAGAACGGAGGCGGCGAAACGCUUCUCCGCCACGCCGGCCGGCCCGUGGCGGAGGCAUGCGGCGCCGGCGGGCAGCGCUCGGCCACGGACACGGUCAAGCUGCGGGCGCCGCUGAACGAGCGACUUUCGGACUCCAUGGACGCUCGCGGCCCCUGCGACGGCCACGGGGGCAGGAGGCGGUCUAGCGUCGUGGGCGGCCUCGACUACGAGGACGGCUGCGCCCGCGGAGACGCCGCGGGGAGGGCGGCCCCGACGUUGGCGGACGCCUGGAGGGUCAGGCAAGAGCGGGCGGCUGCGGGUGGCCACGCGGAGAGCUGGCAGGAGCAGCACUAUCGGAGAGCGCCAGGCCCAAGAACGCAGGCCCAGGCGGUGGAGGAGGACAUGCGGGAGAAUGGAGAGAUGCCGCCGGUGCUGGCGCUGGCGCACGCGCCCAUCGUCUCCACGGACUCGGAGAAGCAGAUCGAGGUGCUGCGCGUCGACAACGAGCGCCUGCGCAGGAGGCUGGCGGCACGCGAGCCUCCAUCGCCCACGACGGCGCUCCCCGAGACUGCUCACCAGGGCCUGCACCUUGAGAACUUGCGGCUCAAGUCGCGGGUCGCUCAGCUGGAGGACGACCUCAAGCGGAGGCUCGAGAGGCUGGAGGAGCUGGAGCAACCCGGCGUCAGGGCAGCACAGCAACAGGGACAGGGCAAGGAGACUGGCUCGGCAGGGCAGCCCAGGAGCCCGCCGCCGCUGCUCAGCAACGGGAAGAUGAUGUCACUCAUGAAGGGUAUGGGGAGGCCCAGGGACCCGGACCCCACGGGGGGGGGCAAGGCCCCCCACGUGCUCAAGGCCGAGAACGCGGCGCUGCAAGACGAUCUGCGGCAGCUGCGGGGCGAACGGGAGCGGCUGCACAAGCUGCUGCACGGAUCGCAGCGCACAGAGAGGCACCUCCGCUUGCAGCUGGAGGCGGCGGAGCAGGAGGCCGCCCUGACGCGGCGGGAGUUCCGCGAGGAGCUGGAGCGCCUCGAGGAGCUGCAGGAGCGAGCGGUGGCUGAGACGGCGCUCGCCUCGCAGGCGGAGCUGUGCAGGGCGCACACCUACGUGCUGGAUGUGCAGGACCGGCUGACGGCGCUCGGCCCGGCGCUGCUGUCCCUGGCGAGCGACUACCGUAGCUUGAAGGAGGAGACCAAGAGCUUCCCCCAGCUUCUGGAGGCCAGCGUGGCCAACGUGGAGACCCAAGGGAUUUCUGUGCCGCCCGUGUGCUCGCCGCGGCAGCUGGCGCGGGCCGUGGAGGAGAUGUCGAAGCGGUGCGACGAGAUGGAGCGGCGGUACCAGCGGGAGAUGGCGCUGAGAAAGAAAUACCACAACCAGCUGGUGGAGCUGCGGGGCAACAUCCGCGUGCUGUGCCGCGUGCGUCCGGCGAUCGAGGAGGACGGGGAGGGCACGCCGGCGCACAGCGUGGUGCAGGUGGACCCCGAGGACGACGGCGCGGUGCACGUGGUGCAGCGAGGGCGCCAGCACUCCUUCCAGCUUGACCGCGUCUUCCCCCCGCACGCCUCCCAGGAGGAGGUGUUCAGGGAGGUACAGGACCUGGUGAUGUCCUGCGUGGAUGGCUACAACAUCUGCAUCUUUGCUUACGGCCAGACGGGCUCGGGCAAGACGUACACCAUGGAGGGCACGGCCAAGGCGCCUGGGAUCAACCAGCGAGCGCUGCAGCACCUCUUCCAGGAGAUGGAAGAGCGGCAGGAUGAGUGGCGGUACACGCUGUCGCUCAGCAUGCUGGAGAUUUACAACGAGACUCUGCGGGAUCUGCUCGGGAGCGAGGGGCACGGCCGCUUGGACAUCCGACUUUGCCCCGACGGCAGCGGCGAGCUGUGUGUGCCCGGCCUGCGGCAGGAGCCCGUGUCCUCGCUCGGCGACGUCCACAGGCUGGUGUCCCUCGGCCACAGCAACCGCGCCACGCACUGCACCAACAUGAACGAGCACAGCUCGCGCUCCCACGCGCUCAUCCUGGUCACCGUCAGCGCCACCAACUCCAUCACGGGCACCAGCACACGAGGGAGGCUGAACCUGGUGGACCUGGCGGGCUCGGAGCGGCUCGCCAAGUCGCGGGCCGAGGGCGACCGUCUCCGCGAGGCCCAGAACAUCAACCGCUCGCUGGCGGCGCUCGGGGACGUGAUCCAAGCGCUGCGGGCCAAGCAGGCGCACGUCCCCUUCCGGAACUCGAAGCUCACGUACCUCCUGCAAGACUCGCUGGCCCGGGAGAGCAAGACGCUCAUGGUCAUCCAGGUGGCCCCGGCGGCGCGUCACGCGGCCGAGACGAUCUGCUCGCUGCACUUUGCGCAGCGCGCGCGCGCCGUGGAGCUGGGGCCCGCCGCCCGCCGGGUCGAGCCGCCGGACGCCACGAUGCCAGCGGAGGUGAAGGGAAGACUUUCUAGAAUAUGAAGAGUGGAAGCUGCCGGAGGCUGGCUUCUCUUGGAGAAAUUUUCCAUGGCGAGCACAUCUGUCUCUGGGAGGUUGGACAAGAGGAUCAUUUUCCAACUCAUCUGGCAAGAUUGGCAGACAGCAGCGCCAAGAGGAAUGGACUCUGACGAACUGGUUUUCAGCGUUGUCUUGGUAUCUCUGCUGGUAUUACAAGAUGCCCUGACACAGCUUUUUAACCGGUGCUCAGCAUAAGCAAACUAAGCAAAAGUGUAGGCCUCCAUGAAGCACAAGGAGCCACGGAUUAAUGAAAAAUCGGGGUGCAUCAAGUAUGAGCUUGAAUUGAAAUCCUAAUAAACAUAACAGACCAAUUAACACAACAAACCUAGUAAUUUAUCUCGCGUCUAUCUUAUCUGCAUCUCUCUCCCGCAAUCUCACCACCCCUGAUAUUUUUAUCUACAUCUCUUAUCUCUAGUCUCUUAUCCAUUCUGUCAUCUCACUAUGAUUUUGUAUAUAUUUUGAAGGGGGAACGGGGGCCUCACAAAUUAAAUUUAUGCCCGGGGCCCCCAGUGGUCCUGCAUUACCACUGCUCUCAACGUCUCAGAGCGGUGCGGCAGCCACACAGACCGGGUGUGACAUACGGAACAUGGAGCAUCUGUUGGUCUGUCGGCUCCCCGGAUGAGCCAUGCGCUGUGAAGGAGCUUGCCUGGGCUACAGACCCACGCCACAUUAUCAUCACGAGCCAUGGUCUAUCAACUGCUGGUAAUAGAAUGCACCCGAUACCGGAGAAAACUACAAGACGACAACCCCCACACGCAAGUGCCUAUUGCUCACAGGCGUCUGGCCGUGACCCCAUGUCCAGCGGACUCUUGACAAGCAAUCGGCGCGGGACACAGGCGAUUUCUCUCGCGCUACGUUCGAGGGCUACGCUCCGUGCGUGCCUGCCUGCCUGCGCGGCCAACCUCUGAGAGUGCAACUGCUGCUGCCGCCGCUGCUGCUGCCUAUUGCGACACCGGAGAGGUGUGGAAGCUGACUUGCCUCACCGGGCAACCCAGCUGGGAACUGAGAAACGAGGUAACCGAACGGACCAAGCUGACGGGUGUGUCCAGAAACACAAGGUUGUUUUUUGUUUGUUUUUAUAAAGUGUGCGUACGUGCCUAUGAUCGAAUCACCCGCAAUGCACCCAAUGCCCGUCAGAAUUUGGACGAAAAGCAGGGUUGGGCCUAGAUAGUGCUUGGAUGGGUGACUGUGCCAUACCUUACAGGUUUCAUAGGUUGCUUCAGAGAUGGGAUCUGGGUCAUGGAGGGGCAGUGCAAUACAAUUGUUGUACUGCGCUUCUAUGCUUCCACGUAUAUGCUGCCCACCCCGACCAAGCGCGUACUUUCCCGCGUGGUGAAGUAUGCUAACAAAAAUCGAGCGUUGCUCUGGGUGAGGCCCUCAAUUCAGCGGUGGAUUGUGGCAAGAGGACCCUACGUGUGCAGUGCUGCGCUUACAGGGCGGACGAGUUUACAAAUGCAGUGACCGAACGCACAUUCCGCGCGAACAAAUAUUUAUUUGAAAAUAAAAUUUGCUCUGUUUUUUUUUUGGGUGGGGGGGGGGGGGAAUAACGAAACUGCAAAGAGUUUGAAAAAUAAACUUUGACCAGCCAAAAGUGUUGUGUUGGCAAUGCAGCUUUGAGACAUGGAGCGCCUUUUUAUCUUCUCAUUAAGAUUGUGCACGUGAGCAAACGCCUGCGUACGCAAAUCUCGUUUGUGCGUCAGGCACAUUGAAUGCGGUCGUUUGAUUUUAAAUUAAAUUUGUAUAAGCGCUUUAUAUGAUAUAACUGAGGAUUUCUACCGUUUUUAAUGUGCACAUUUUCUACGUUGCCGUUGUUGAUGGCCACGGCAUCGUGAAAGUACGAGGAUGCCGUACGUGUAUAGCCAUACGACAGUGCUGCAUCUUUGAUAUGUACCGUAUAUACUAUGUAUACUCUGUAUUCGUAUGCGUGACUAUUAAAAUGACCACAUUUUUUCCAA